UUUUUUCUCAGCUUCUGUUACGACCUUUAUUCACUGAUUUGCUUCUGUUAUUUGAGCAUGGAGAUCCCACUCCUACGCUACCAAAGCCUAGCCCUGGAUCAGAUCCAAAGUACUUGUAGUUUUCCUUUCACCUUCUCUGAUCGUAAGCAUAAGCUUUUCACGAAUACGUCGUUGUUUUCUGGGUAUCGUUUCUCGUUCCAUAGGAGGAAAUGGAGGAGCCCAUUUGAUAGGAUUAGUUGUUCUUCACUGGAACGAGGGCUUCACACACGGCUGAAGCCGAAACCUUCCAGAACCGAUGUUCGUGAGGACAAAGAAACGGUUUUGGAAGAAACGCGGGUGAGAAAACCUAGUUCUGGCCUUUGUAGUCAGAUAGAGAAGUUGGUUUUGAACAAAAGGUACAGGGAGGCGCUUGAACUGUUUGAGAUCUUGGAGUCUCAGGGUGAUUUUGAAUUGGGUUUUAGCACGUAUGACUCCUUGGUGAGCGCAUGCAUUGGUUUGAAGUCAAUUAGAGGGGUUAAGAGGGUGUUUAGUUUUAUGAUCAGUAAUGGUUUUGAAUUGGACUUGUAUAUGAGGAACAGGGUGUUGCUUAUGCAUGUGAAAUGUGGGAUGAUGAUUGAUGCGCGUAGGCUGUUUACUGAAAUGCCGGAGAGGAACUUAGUGUCUUGGAAUACGAUAAUUGGGGGGCUCGUGGAAUCUGGAGAUUAUGUUGAGGCAUUCCAGCUGUUUUUUAUCAUGUGGGAGGAGUUUUCGGAUGUUGGGUCACGAACAUUUGCUAUGAUGAUUCGGGCAUCUUCUGGCUUGGGUCGCAUAUUUGCAGGGAGACAGUUCCAUUCGUGUGCUUUGAAGAUGGGUGUCGGUGAGGAUAUUUUCGUGUCUUGCGCUUUAAUUGACAUGUAUAGUAAAUGUGGGAGCAUUGAAGAUGCUCAAUAUGUUUUUAAUGAGAUGCCGGAGAAGACGACGGUAGGAUGGAAUUCCAUUAUAGCAGGUUAUGCACUUCACGGUUAUAGCGAUGAAGCUCUUGGUAUGUAUUAUGAGAUGCGUGAUUCUGGGGUUGAAAUGGAUCAUUUUACAUUUUCAAUAAUUAUAAGAAUAUGUACGAGGUUAGCUUCACGGGAGCAUGCUAAGCAAGCUCAUGCAAGUUUAGUUCGUCAUGGUUUUGGGUUAGAUAUUGUAGCGAACACGGCACUUGUUGAUUUCUAUAGCAAAUGGGGAAGUAUAGAAGACGCCCGCCAUGUUUUUGACAAUAUGCCCCAAAAGAAUGUUAUAUCUUGGAAUGCCCUGAUUGCUGGCUACAGUAAUCAUGGCCGUGGAGAAGAGGCCAUUGAGGUGUUUGAACGGAUGCUUCGGGAGGGAAUGAUACCCAACCAUGUCACCUUUCUUGCUGUUUUAUACGCUUGCAGUUAUUCAGGUCUAUCAGAACGUGGUUGGGAAAUUUUUCAAUCAAUGAGUAGGGAUCACAAGAUUAAGCCUCGGGCAAUGCAUUAUGCAUGCAUGAUUGAAUUGCUAGGUCGAGAGGGGCUUCUGGAUGAAGCCUCUGCACUGAUAAGAAAUGCUCCAUUUAAGCCUACACCGAACAUGUGGGCUGCCUUGCUGACUGCUUGUCGAGUCCAUGAGAAUUUAGAGCUUGGAAAAUUUGCAGCAGAGAAGCUUUAUGGAAUGGAGCCUGAAAAGCUUAGUAAUUAUGUGGUGCUUUUAAAUAUAUACACCAGCUCUGGCAAAUUGAAGGAAGCUGCUGCUGUUGUUCAGACCUUAAGAAGAAAGGGUUUGAGAAUGCUUCCUGCAUGCACUUGGAUUGAAGUUAAAAAGCAGCCCCAUGUUUUCAUUUCCGGAGAUAAAACCAAUCGUCACUCAAAAGAGAUUUACCAGAAAGUGGACCACUUAAUGAUAGAGAUUUCAAAGCAUGGUUACGUUCCUGGGAGAAAAUAUUUGCUUCCUGAUGUUGACCAGGAAGAGCGGGUUUCGUUGUACCACAGUGAGAAGCUGGCGAUAGCUUUUGGGCUGAUCAACACUCCAGAUUGGACACCACUUCAAGUUGUGCAGAGCCAUCGCAUAUGUGGUGAUUGCCAUAAUGCGAUUAAGUUAAUAGCCAUGGUUACUGGACGUGAAAUUGUUGCGAGGGAUGCCAGUAGAUUCCACCAUUUCAGAGAUGGGAGCUGUUCUUGUGGGGAUUAUUGGUGAUCACAAAAUUGUUUUGUAGGACCUAAAAACUUGUCUUUCUCAUAUUUUGGAUGUCCUCUUUUUUCCUACCCUUAGAUACAAUAAAGUAACCAUAAAAUAGCAUUGUAAUCUUAAGAGGUACGAAUUACAAAUAGAAACCGAAAUUCUGUUCCAUCAAUAGAAUUCUGUUCCAUAA